UACCCUACUCCUUGUUGUAGGGUGCAUCCGGGCCGAAACCGUCUCAUAAUCAUGGAUUGUGAAAACUAUGUGGAAACUCAUCCAUCAGACGACAAUGAAGCUAUGAAAACCAGUGACGUUUACAAAGUGGACAAAAAUCUUCCUAAGCGUUUUAAUAACCCCGAUUGCUUUCAAGGCUACAGUACGAAGAAAAACCACCCAUUCUACCAGACAUCAAGCCAAAUAUAUGGAAGCAAGAGACCAACCGUUCAUGAAAUGCCUACAACUUUUAAUGGCAGUUAUCGGAAGUUUUCAGAACACAUGCUGAGAAGUGGGAUGUUCAGAGAUAACGGUUUCAACACGUCCAUUGAGAAGAGCAAAAUCACAGGACACGACACCAUCCCCAUGUUUCAAGACAGGAUCAACUUUAAUUAUGCAUACGACAGUGGGAAUGGUCCAGGGAAUUGAAAACAUUACUCCACCUACCUUAUUAAUUCAUUUUCAUUGCUACAUUUGUAUGCCAUUCAUUCUAUUUGCCUUUUAUAAGGAUCAAUAACUAUAAUGAGUAUUUAAACAUCAUACAGAACAUUCACCUUGUUUUAUUAGACCCCACCUACCAUUGGUGAUUGGUUCAAUAAAAACCUUACCCCCAACAUCAGUCUUGGCCACAAG